AUGUCAAAGCAAUGGCAUCUGUGCCCUGGAUACAUCGAGUUCUUCAACUUUAACCGUCCCGGAGUCUUCAUCGACUACAGAAACAUCCUCCUCUAUAUCUCCAUCCACCACUCUCUCCAUAAUACAACCUCUUCGACAGACGUGUCGCAGCCAACGGUCAUCACAGCCUCCGAUCUGGCAGUCUCGUCGCCGUCCAGCGCGGCAUCAAGCUGCAAUGGAACAACUGCCGCCAUGGCCACUGCAUGCCCCUCGUUCCCGACCAACGCCAUCCUUGCCGGCUUUUUCCCUGGCGCUGCCUUUGGAGCUGUCGUUGCACUACUGGCCAUGUUCCUUAUGCGAAGACGGCACAAUAACCUGCCCCCUUCCGCCAAAGUCGCUCAACACACCCAACGGACAUCGAAUGGAACACUGCUUGGCAUCUCCGACCCCAUCCCGUCAGAAGAGAACGCCUACCGCACUGAUUUCCUCCUACAUCGGCCUGCCAAGCGGAACUCUGAGGGCGCACGCUCCAUGCUCCAACGUACGGGCACCCGCGUCAAGAGCCUAUUCGGUGGAGCGCCGAAGCUGAGCGCGCAGUCAGCCUCCAAAUCACCCCCGCUACCAACAACGCCUGUCGUGCAAGUUCGCCAGCCCAGCACCGAAAGUAUCAAGGUGUAUACACCGCCGAGCACGUUCGCCAGCACAGGCGUCCUGAAACCGGAGCCGUACCCGAACGUCGCUAUGCCGUCUGGCCAGACCUUUACCGAGAUGAUUGGCCGGGUGGGAUUCAAGAAUAAGCUAGGUGACCCGUGCUACCAGGUCAACGAGCCCCCAACGAUAAGAGAGAAGAGUCCCUUGAGGAAUAUCUGA